GUGAGUCACAUAACUCGUGACUGUCCAAAUCAAGGCUGAAUCCGUGCACCUAUUACAGCAGCAAUGUCGUCCAGUCCUGGAUACAAAAGUCUUAACAAUGGAAGAAAUUCUGGUUCUACAAACACAUGUUGCUGUUCCAAAUCUUGGCAGAAGUGUCCUUGCUAUGGAAAGGCGUGCAUUGUAUUCGCAUCCAUCAUAAUCGUGUUUGUCGUCGUUGUGUUUACGGUUGCAGGAGUAUAUUCUUUCUUCUACCCUCUACACGCAUCUUGUAAGAUCAAAUGGUCAGUCAAUGACUCUUGUGUUGACAUCCAGACCAAAAUCAAUCAACAGAUACAUGACUGGAAGGGUGAUUCAAUGUGUAACGGUACCCAGAGGUGUCUCUACUUGAUGACAGGCAGCAAGGCAGGAGUUCAGACAACAGCCACCCACGAGACACCAAUUAAGCACUACAUUGAUGACCUCACAUUAGACUUCAGUGCCUCUACUGAUGGGUCAUGCCAAAUUAAGGGAUAUUCCACUUCACAACUCUGGUAUGCAAUUCUUGACUACGGAACCAAUUACUGCAACUUGCACAACUUGAUUACAGGAUCAGGGGUAGACCAACUGCCUGGCUACAGCGAGACCACCAGUGAUUCUGUGUGUACUCAGUACUCUCAAAGGAACUGUGACAAGUAUUGAGAGGGCAUAGAGGGAUAUCAGACUAGUCCACUAAAGAGCAGGGGUGGACAGACAUGUUGGACUUUUCCACUGAUGAGAAACAGGGGUGAAUUGUGAACAUCAUCAUCGUAUGCUGUGAUAUUGAUAGUGAUUAAUUAGGAAGUCGAAGAAUUCAACAAAAACAUUGACACCAGUUUAACUGGAAUUUAUGUGGUUUUGGAUAAAAUAUUUGUGUAACAGUGAUACAGAGUAAAACGUUUGAAAUAUGAACUGGUGACACAUAUAUCUAAGUUUUCAAUAGAUGAUUGACUUUUGAUGGUAAAUUUUCUAAAUCUUGAUCAAUCUACUUUUGUAUCUUGACAUCUCUUAGGCAGGGUUUGCCAUUAAUGUUAAUUAGAAAGGCAGCCAGCAGUUCUUUUAUAGAUUUUAGACAAGUCAGUAAACGACAGUAUUAAGAGGUUAUAUUGAGUAAAAGGUUUGGAGUUGUUUGAUGGUCUGACAGACCUCCAGAUUGUGAUUAGCUGCAGACAGCUUAGUAACUGGUAGGGAUAAACCCAGCAGAACCAAAUACCUGGCUUCUUAUGUUGUCACUAAAUCAAUGAUAUGGUGCAUUUUGUUGUUAUAGCGGAAGAUUACUGAUCUGAGUUGUCUGUACUUUCUUUUCCUCAGAUACUAUGUCCUUUGCUGCCGUUUGUUAUCCAGCCAUCUUUUUUCUACCACAUAACCAUAUCAUUUUCAUCAUCAAACAGUUUUGUUAACUUAUUAUCAUGUAUCCUCUCUUGUUCCUGCCAUUCCACUUUUUGUUGUUGAUGUUGUGCUAUUUAUAUUUCAAAGCUUCCUUAAAAAACGCACUUUUUUGGAAAUAAAUUUUAAACAACUAUUGUAUCUUGCUUUCAUACUGCUCAUGAGACCAAAAAAGACAAAUAUUUCAGAAGAGACAGUGUAUUUGAUGGUCUUUGCUUUAAUAAUGUAUUUGUGUGAUCUUGAUGUCAUAUUUCUUCUAUUACACACACCUGUAUACACAUAUUGACAUGAGAAACAUGCCUUUCAUUUGUUCAGUACAUCUGUUAGCUGGAUUAAGGGAAGGAUGUUUUUGGUAACUUAAGUUAGUUCACUAAUUGAUUGAAUUAAGUCAAUUUACAGUAGUCUUUAACAGCAAUUUGAAGAUCUAUUUGUUAUUAAAUUGCCUGUCUAAUGUUUAAUGUGUUAUUAUAUAAACUGGACAGUCAUGUUGAUAGCUCUUUCCAUUUACAUGUUAUUUUUUCAUGAUGUCUUUUUAUUUCUUGUUUCCCUGAGUAAAGUCUUUCACAACAACACUAAUUAUCUAAUGACUUCACUUGUAUACAUGGUGUGUCAUGAUUUAUUUUUAGGUGUAUCUGUAUAGAACAAAUUUUCAGUGUAUUGUUGUUUACAAUAAAACAUAGCUUUGUAAAUACA